AUGGCUUGCAAUUUUACCACCAUUAGAUAUAAAGCCAUUGCGAAGACCGAGAAAAAUCCUAUUCUCUCCAUCGCCGCUCGUGAUUGCCUUUUAAUUCAGGUUCAUUUUAUCUUCCGCAGCCAUGCUCAAGACCGACUGGCCGACAUUGCCAUCAUCCUCUACAAUGUUUUACAUGAGAAGAAGAACAUUAGGUUUGGACUUUUCGGUGACUAUGCGAUCAGCGUAGUCCUGGAUGAAGAUUCGCCACGAGGAGCCGACAAUAUCAGCUGUAUCAUCUCUACCUCGAAAGAUAAUCUCACCAAAGUGCUUGAUGGAAAGGAAGGGUUUGUCGUUCUCCCGCAAGCCCGCGAGGAUCAUCUUAUUUUUCUAUAG